AUGCAACGGAGACUCGCGGAGACUCCCUGGGGGGACACGCCCCAUGGCACUUCUGAUAUUUGUCAGGCCGAUGGAGAACAGGGCGUAGAUCACAGCGCCGCUGGAGAAGCGGAGGAGGGGAGCGCCAACGGGCAACCCAGUGGGACAGCAGGAGGGACAGGAAAAGGGGGCACUUCGAGGCCUAUGCACCCAAGAGGCAAACCCGUGCAGGAAGUAGCAGAAGACGAGGCCGGGCACGAAAACACGAUGGAAACACACGAGGACGACGUGGCUGUCAGGGAAGUUAAACGUGUCACCGGUGCAAAACGCAAGGCACUCGCGGUUGAGGAAGCAAGCACCGACCCCGAGAGCGAAGAAAAUCCGCCACAAGACAAGGGAGACCACCGACGGGAGAGCGGCGGAAGCGAUAUCGAUGUUGAGGGGGCCAGUUACCACCCGUUUGCCGAACUCAGUGAAGUUGAACUGCAAGCGCUCCUUAUGGACCCUGGUCUCGUCCCUACACUCGAGAAUUUAGGUGUCUUUUAUAAGUUCUACGAGAUUUUCUUCAACCAGUUGAGGACAGACGCAACUGCUUGGUUAAGGAGAGCAACGCAACGCGAACGAGCGCUGACGUCAGUGAAUACGCUGUUGCGCAAGCUCGCGGUUGCUGUACUUGCGUGUAACCAAUUCCGCGUUAUUCGAGCUUUACUACCACCUUGCCCCGACAAGAAGAUCGAAGAAAACGCCUUGGAGGCUCAGUUGCGUUUGGAGCGCGAAGUGCGUGGGGAGCUUACCCUCCUAUUUGGGGAGGAUAUCGUUCCCUAUAUACAAGAUCUUAAAUUAGAGCUUCUUCGCACAGCAGUUGCGGCAUCACUCGGAUUCACUGUAACCCCUCGGGUAGGACUCAGAAGAGCUCCAGUUCCUGAACUCCAACCUGGAAACCCAUUCACCGAUCGUUUGACGGAGCAAAGCAUUGCCGUCUCAUUGCGUGUGUCGGGCCGGCGACCUCUUACAGAUAUUGGCACCAUGUUAGAGCGCCGACCAGACAUCAACCGCCGCAUACCGGAGUCUUCUUUUUUGAGACAAGCUCUUGCCGCGGAAGCCGCAGCUGCGGCAUAUGGAUUGAAGCACCCUCAGGCUCAACUCCCCCCUGGAGGGGGGGCAACUGCCGCGCCUUCCCUAGCCCUCGACGGCUUCAACUCUCUAUCACCGUUGUUGACAGACGUCAUUCCUCCUGAAGAGGUGCCUGCAGAUGCAUGGACAACGGCGCUUUCAGCGAUUGUAGAAGGGAAGGCGAUUGUUGUCAAGCAGUGGCGAUAUUAUGCGCGACAUGCUAGUCGGCCGCAAGCGCUGGAUUCCUUGCUCCGUGCCAUGACCAGUGCAACACAAGUUUUGGCGGACGUGGCAGCUGUGUGUCAGACAUACCCGCAUAUUGCUGGAGCCAAGCCUCUGCAAAGAGCAACGCGACAACUGAAGCGAGCACUUAGCACGACGUGGGAUCAGCUCAAAGAAAAUCCACGCAACGCGGAGAUUAUAGAACAGAUUCUCUCGACCAGUUUUUCGAGUAUCUCGCGGCCAGUUAGGCAGCAAGCGGCAGCUGCAGCCGGCAGCGACGCAGAUCCCGAACAAAGACUCAAAAGCGUCGUUGAAGCUGCGUCUCGGCCGUUGAGAAGGUUCGAUCCCUUGAAGACGCUCGUUGUCGCCAUUGCAGCGGACCCAGGCCUGAUACAGCACGGACAGAAAGACGCGAAGGGCGCUCCAGACACAACAGAUCACACGACCGUCGCACAGCGAAGCGCGAAACAACUUGCCACCCCAAAAGGACAACCGCUUGAAGGAAGGCACAAACGAAGUCACCCUGUGCAAGAAGAGGACGAAGACGAGUUCGAACAGCCGGAAUACGCCGGCACGGACGACGGUGGCUUUUCGACUGGUGGGGCCAGUGGUCUGGAGAGUGCCUUCGCUAGUGAUGGUGACCCAGGACAUGCAGCCGAAAUCGCAAGCGUGCCUGGAAGCACCGGAUCUGAGCACAAACGCCUGUCACUUCUGCUCGACGUCAGCGCCUGGGGCGAACAAGGUGCGGGGAAGAAAGGGGGAGAAGGCCCCCAAGGAUACAGCGACGACACAGCGAACGCAGACGCGCCUGUGGCUGGCCACGCGGCCGUCUCAGGCCUGUCGAGUGGUUCUCUGGUGUUAUAUCCCGAGACAGAGCUAGGGCCUCCGCCACCCAAAAAAGCACGAACGGCAACGCACAAGCAAGAGGGGGGGAAAGGGACACCCGCAAGUCCAAGCCACGGAGAACACGACAUACCAAUGGGUGCGGAAGAGGCGACAGCCGAUGCUGAAAACGAUUUAGGGUUUCCUGAGGAUUGGCUUCUUCAGGCGUUGUUGGAUCUGGAAGGCGACGACGGUGGUGCUCCGCUAGACGUAUGGGCAGAGCCCCAAACAGGGCUUCCCUACGCUCCUCUGCCGGAGGCCAAUCUCAUCUUAGACAACCUGGUUUCACUGCUCGACGCCCAGGAAGAUGAAGAUGGCAUGGCAGAGGGCGACGAAGAUUCUCACGGGGCGGCAGAAUGA